GAGAGAGAGAGAGAGAGAGAGACGGACAAAGAAACCAUGGACACGGCCACUGAAUAUAUUCGUGCACAUUUACUACGGAAAAUGUUGCUAAACCAAUAAAAAAACGAAAUGAAGGACAAUUAGGAAAAAUUAAUGCCGUGCAGGGAAGCGAAGCAUUGCUGCAAAGAGAGCUGUUUUUUAAUCUGUUUGCGGAUUCCGGGAGCUUGCGAUGGCUGUUGCAGGGAUAUGUUGCAGCUGUGGGGGAAGAAAUGUGCCUCUUUUGUCAUGUUUGAUGCUUUUGUUCUGUUGUGGCUUUACAUUUGGUCAAAUACGCUAUUCAGUUCAAGAGGAAUCUGACAAAGGAGCGGUCGUGGGUGAUAUUGCGCAAGAUUUGGGUCUGGAUGUGGCAAAGCUCUCGGCUCGAAGUAUUAAGGUAACGGCCGACGGAGGAAAACGGUAUGUGGAUGUGAAUCCUAAAAACGGAAAACUGUUCGUAAAUGAACGAAUCGACAGGGAGGCGUUGUGUGACAGGACCGGUGGGUGCGUUUUAAAUUUUGAUUUGCUUCUUGAAAACCCGUCCGAGGUGCACACCAUCGAUGUGGAGGUGGUCGACGUGAAUGACAACGCGCCGCAAUUCCCUAGAGACGAGUACCAGUUGGAAAUAACGGAGUCGGCGUCGCCCACUUCACGUUUUCCCGUCGAGCACGCGCUGGAUCCAGAUUUCGGGACCAACUCGAUCCGCUUUUACCGACUUGGACCAAACGAGCAUUUUGCGCUCGAUUCCAACAAACCCUCGCCUAACAGCAAGCACGUCGAGCUCGUGCUGAAAAAGCCUCUGGACCGCGAGCAGACCCCUUAUCAUCAGUUGAUUCUGACAGCGUCUGACGGCGGCACACCAGCGUUGACAGGUACAGCAAAAAUUAAUGUGCGCGUCUUAGAUUCGAACGACAACAAUCCCGUGUUCGACAGCUCCGUGUAUAAAGUGAAACUGCUGGAAAAUCCACCGAAAGACACACUCGUUAUUAAAUUAAACGCCACGGAUCAAGAUGAGGGUACAAACGGGGAGGUGUUCUAUUCAUUCAGCAGUUACACUCCGGAAAGGGUUAGGCAAGUGUUCAGCAUGGACACCAACACUGGAGAAAUUCGAGUCCGGAGCAACGUGGACUAUGAGGAUACCAACACGUAUGAGAUGUACAUCCAGGCCAUGGACAAAGGACCGGCUGCAGUUGCGGCCCACUGCAAAGUGGUUGUGGAGGUGGUGGAUGUGAAUGAUAAUGUUCCAGAGAUUGUGCUCUCAUCCCUGUCAAGCCCGGUGCGUGAGGAUGCUCGUGCCGACACCGUUGUGGCCUUGAUCAGUGUAACAGACCGUGACUCUGGCCCAAAUAAGCAAGUGACGCUGGAGAUCCCACCUGGCCUUCCUUUCAAAAUCAAGUCUUUCAGGAACUAUUACACUUUAGUAACAUCUGCCUUCUUGGACCGUGAAGCCACAGCAGCCUAUAAUGUGACCCUCAGUGCCACAGACGGUGGCACUCCUCCACUCUCCUCCCGGAAGACCAUACAGGUGGAUGUGGCAGAUGUUAACGACAAUCCACCACGUUUUGAGCAGACCUCUUACACUGUGUAUGUUAUGGAGAACAACGCUCCCGGAUCCUCUCUUUGCACUGUCAAAGCUCUUGACUCAGACGUGAACGAGAACGCUCGCAUCACUUACACUGUUCUGAAUGAUAACAACCACGGUAUUCCUGUCACUUCCUAUGUUUCCAUCAAGCCAGACACAGGUGUGGCUUAUGCUCUCCGCUCCUUCGAUUAUGAGUCAAUAAGGGAGUUUCACUUCCAGGUAAAAGCUCAGGAUGGGGGUAUACCACCCCUCAGCCGUGUGGCUACUGUCUAUAUCUAUGUAAUGGACCAAAAUGACCAUGCGCCAGAGAUUGUGAAUCCUCCAGCCAAUGGGACACGUUCAACAGAAACAGUGAUGAAGAACAUUGAAGCAGGUGUUCUUGUCACCAAGGUGGUAGCAUAUGAUGCGGAUGCUGGACAGAACGCUUGGCUCAUUUAUGUUUUGGAUCAGUCUAUAGAUCUUGAUCUGUUCAAACUGCAUGAGCACACGGGGGAGAUCCGUACAACACGUCGAGUCCUGGAAGACAACUCCACCUCUUUCAGUCUAAUUGUGCUGGUGAAAGACCAUGGAGAGCCCCCACUUUCCUCUACUGCCACCAUCAACAUAGCUGUCAUGGAGGUGCCACCUAAAGUCACCCCUGACCCCAAGAGGAUCAUUCGCCCUCACAGUACACCUCUCUUUUCUAAUGUAACUCUUUACCUAAUUGUAGCACUCAGUGCCACAACUUUUGUGUUUCUGGUCACAGUGGUGGUGUUGGCCAUAGUGCGCUGCCAUGCCUAUUGUACCCAACCCGGCUCAUGUUCACCCUGCUGUGUGUCUCAGAAAGGCACACAAGACAGUGGGCCUGGAGGAGGGGCAGGUGGAGGGUCACAAGCCAAUAAUAAUGUGGUUCUCCGCAGAGAUCUUAAAGUCGAACCUCACUAUAUCGAGGUUCGUGGAAAUGGAUCUCUGACCAAGACCUACUGUUACAAAACCUGCUUGACUGCCACAUCAGGCAGCGACACCUUCAUGUUUUACAACACGGGUCGGCCCAUCAGUGGGACCUGGGGUUCGGAGCGUUACUUCACAAGUGGCAGUGGCUUUGUGCGCAGGCUCAGCAUGCCAGAUGCAGCAGUACAGCCCAAGGGACCGAAUGCUGACUGGCGGUACUCUGCAUCUUUGAGGGCAGGAGUGCAGAGCUCUGUUCACAUGGAGGAGGCCUCGGCUGUGAUGCAGGGAGCGCAAGGAGUGCUGGUGCAGAACUGGCCUACUGUGUCCAGUGCCGCAGAUGGAGAGGCUGAAGGACAGCUCUCUCCUCCAGUCGGAGCUGGGAUCAACAGUAAUAGCUGGAGUUUCCGUUAUGGUGCCGGACCUGGUUACGGUCCUCCGCAGGCUUUGAAGCCAGGCGAGAUCCCUCCUGAAGCUUUCAUCAUUCCUGGUUCACCUGCAAUCAUCUCCAUCCGGCAAGACCCAGGAGCCAUGGACGACAAGGGGGACUUUAUUAGCUUUGGCAAGAAAGAGGAUCCCAAGAAGAAGAAAAAGAAGAAGAAGGAGAAAAAAGACAAAAAGGAUAAGGGCAAAGAUGAUGGCGAGGAGUAAAGGAGAAUUUGGCUGUUUCAAAAACAAUCAACAAAAAACUCCUGAACUCAUAAAAAUGAAAAAGAAAGAAAAUUUGAAAAGAAAUACAGCACAGAAAGGAGAGCCUUUUAAUUGCAGCUCUCACUAUGGGGAGAUUAAUUCGCCAGCCCCGCCCAGUGCUGAUCAUUCUCUUUUCUCUUUCUAUCCAACCUCAACUGACCCCAAUCCUUAAACCAUGACAGCUCCCAGAAGGCAAUAAUUGGCUAUUUCACUACUCAGUGUAUCCAGAAGGUUUUCACUCCACAUCUUUCUAAGCAGCAAUUAUAAAUCUAAAAACAGUACGUUCCGACAUAUAUUCCAAAGUAUGAUCCAUAAAUUGCGUGUUAUAUCCAUAAGUCUAAUAUAUAUAGAGGGAGUCUGUUAUCUGGACAUCCUCAUGACUCCAUUACUAUGCCAGGAAUUUGUACUUUAAACGUCCAACAGGUUUUUGAAUGAAAUAUGAUCUGGUCAGCAUUAUGUGUGUGUGUAUGUGUGAGUGUGUGUGUGUGUGUGUGCUGCGGAGGAAAACCACUUCAGGGGUAGUACUAUAGUCAUGUGUAAUAGUCAAUAAUUUCAGGGUUUGAGCUCACAGAGCCCCCUGCUGCCUUUAAGAGGCACACCAAUGCUGAAACCUCACGUGUGCUUUACUUGGUGAUGCAAAAAAAUAAAUAAAAAUAAAAUAAAUAAAACCUCCAAACCUAAUACUUAUUAAAAAUUAUACUUCACUUGACUGUAUACAUCAAAAACAUACAAAAUUUGUUUCAUGUGUCAUGUUGAAUUCAUGGUCAGAUCAGUACAGUAGAAUCCACUGUCCAAUACGUCCGAUAUUAAAGCGUUGUAGGAGCAAAGCUUCUUCUGUAAUAUAGACAGGAAUGUUGCUUGUUGCAAUCAGGCCUGUUAAACUUUUGCCUCUGUGGUGAUUCACUUUCCAGAGCUUUGGUUUUCAGUCAGUGUUCUUGUGUAAGUUUUACUCACACACACUCUGUCAGUCCUCGUCCAUGUUUACAGCCGUGCACAACGAGAACUGCCCUCUUGUGGCCGUGAUGUGGGACUAAAUUGAAUAACAGAGCUAAGACACACUGUCUGACUCGUAACCUCUGCACUCAGAUCAAGCCUCAGCACUGUUACUGGAACUUUCUAUCCUUCCCCAGGGAGCAUAAGCACACAAGGCACUUCCAUCCGAGUAAAACAAGUGCUCAAGCAGCAGUGAAAAGUGUCUUGAGUUUUGAGGAGGUUGUGUAGACGUCGGUUUUCAGUUUUGAGUAGUGUGGUUCGGUUUACAGAGAUGUACAGACAGCAGAAUGUGAUAGAAAACCAAACUGAGCUGCAUGCUAGCACUGGAGAAGGUUUCAUCCUUGUGAUUUUUUUUUAUGGAUGGAUUCAUGAUCCCUCAACUUUAUUUAUUCUUUUUUUUACUUUUUUACUUUCCUUUGUCUUUCUUGGCAGUAGGGCUAUUGAUCAAGGUAUAGGAUGGAUGUUAGUGCUGCUAUAAUUGAUAACACACACACACACACACACACACACACACACACAGUCACACACACACACACACACACACACACACAGUACAGCCUUCUUCAGGUGUGGUUUAGUGCUGUCAGAUCACUAAGUGACUGCUUGCAUGUGAUACACAGAUAAAACUAUAUAUAGAUAUAUAGAGAUAGAUAUGCUUUUCAUAUUUUUUAUUUUGAACCAUUCCUCUUAUAUACAGAGACAUGCAUCGUCUCUUGAUAGAUAGACAUAUAUCUAAUUGCUCAUUCAGAUCCAACUGUACAAGUACAUACUGUAGGUCAUUGAUGCAAAAACCACUGGGGGAACAACCACCAUGUUGUCCCUAUGACAUCAACGUUAACCUUAACAUGCUAGGUAUAUGUAUUGCUGUAGUGUUAUGCUAUAAUUCUUUUUUAUAACCAUGAAUAUAUUUGAAAUCAUGAACAAACAAGUAAUGUGGAACUGCUUCAUAUAUCCCUCGUAUGAUAUCAUCCUUGUUUUCCAUUAAAAAAAAAAAAAAAACAAUAAAAAUCAAUAUCAAAAUGAUAAAUGCAACAAAAAAAUCCCUGUCUGUGAACUUUGCUUGUGUGUAGUGAAUGUUUAUAAGGUCAUUCAGUGCUGACAUGGCACUUUCACAGUAAAAAUCUAUUGAACAUUUUUUUUUUUUUUUUUUUUUUUUUUGUACAGCUUAUCAUCAUUGUAGCGGUGAAAUAAUGUUUUUUUUCUUUUAUCCCUUUUUUUUUAUAUCACUUUACGAAAUAUGUUAACGUGUUUUGUUUAUAAACCUCAAAUAAAUUUUUUUCAU